AUGUCGUCCCACAACUCCUCGUCCAACAACAUCGUCGGUGGCCACUACCGCGUCGGGAAGAAGAUUGGCGAGGGCUCGUUCGGGGUUAUCUUCGAGGGCUCGAACCUGCUCAACUCGCAGACCGUCGCUAUCAAAUUCGAACCGCGCAAGGCAGAAGCACCCCAGUUGCGCGAUGAGUGCCGCUCGUACCGCAUCCUCGCAGGCUGUCCCGGGAUACCCCAGAUAUACCACUUCGGGCAGGAGGGCCUGCACAACAUCCUCGUCAUCGACCUCCUCGGCGCGAGUCUCGAGGACCUGUUCGACAUGUGUGGCCGGAAGUUCUCGGUCAAGACGGUGUGCAUGGCUGCGCGGCAGAUGAUCACCCGUGUGCAGACGAUCCACGAGAAGAACCUCAUCUACCGCGACAUCAAGCCGGACAACUUCCUCAUCGGUCGGCCAGGCACGAAGAACGCGAACAUGGUUCACAUCGUCGACUUCGGCAUGGCGAAGCAGUACCGGGAUCCGAAGACGAAGCAGCACAUUCCGUACCGGGAGCGGAAGAGCUUGAGUGGGACGGCGCGGUACAUGAGCAUCAACACUCAUCUGGGACGGGAGCAAUCGCGGCGAGACGAUCUGGAGGCUCUCGGCCAUGUCUUCAUGUACUUUUUGCGCGGCAGUCUACCAUGGCAAGGUCUCAAGGCGGCGACAAACAAGCAAAAGUACGAGAAGAUCGGGGAGAAGAAGCAGACAACACCAAUCAGGGAGUUGUGCGAGGGCUUCCCCGAGGAGUUCAACAUCUAUCUCAACUAUGUCCGCAAGCUCGGUUUCGAGGAGACACCUGAUUAUGAUUUCCUCCGGGAGCUGUUCGCGAAGGUUUUGAAGAACAACGGCGACGUCGAAGAUGGCGUUUACGACUGGAAUCUUCUCAAUGGUGGUAGAGGCUGGGAAGCGUCAAUGGGUGGCCAGAACCAGAUCCUAGCGCAAAUACAGAAUGCUCCCGCCGCGCCUGCGCAGCAGCAGCGCCGCGAGGUCGACCGAACCGGUCGCGACGAUCGUCGGCGUGCGUCACAGGCAGGUGGUGCUGGGCCCGUCGUACCCCCUUCGCCCGCGCUCGUGCGCACCGGCUCCAAGACGCGGCACCCAGCGAACCUCGGUGCAGGACAGUCGGCCGCGGCCCAGGUGGACGUCCCGGUGGCGCAGCGGCGGAUCAGCCAGCAGGUCAGCGCGUCACAUCCAUACGCCAACGCUGGCUACGAUUCGUACGGCCGCGACGAGUACUCAGCCAGCCAGCAGCCAUACGGGCGCGCGUCGCCGAUGGUGUCGAGCGUGAACGCCGCGCCACCUGCACUCAGCAACGUGCGCGCGAUGGGCGGCGAGGUCGGCGCGGCGAACGGCGGCGACUACCAGGGACAGCAGGAGGAGCAGCCGAAGAGCACGCUAUGGAAAAUCCUCACGUGUCGCUGUGGAUGA